CGAAGAAAUGCUUCUACACGUAGAACAUCGUCCCUCACAAAUCGAUUUCUCUGGCAUUAGUGUUUACUCAUUGAGGAGGGUUGCGUUACAACCUCGAAGUCUUUUUUAGGGCUCAAUUAUUUUAGCGUAUUGAGGAGGAGGAGGAGAAGGAUGGCGCCUAAUCACAAGGUUUCGGUGCUUCUGGCGGCCGUGUGCCUGUUCGGUAUCUAUCUGGUGGGAGCUCAAGCCAUGUCUGUCGGAGGCCCGAAGGAUAUCAGUAAUUUCCCCAACAGUGUGGAGAUAGACGAGUUGGCGAAUUUUGCAGUAGACCAAUACAAAUCACGCCAGAAUUCGAUUGCAGUUAUCACUUUCUCGAAAGUCUUGUCGGCCAAGGAGCAAGUGGUGCAAGGAAAGAUGUAUUAUUUUACUAUUGAAGUUAUGGAAAAUGGUGUACCCAAGAAUUAUGAUGCUAAAGUGUGGGUGAAGCCUUGGGAGGGCUACAAGGAGCUUGAGUCAUUCUUGCCAUCUGCUCCCUCGCACUACGAUUCGGCAGUGGAUUCCGAUGCUAAAUCAGGUGACUGUUAUGAGAAAUCGGAGAUUGCGACAUAAUUCCAGUCCGAGUCCUUCACCUAGGUGAUCUAAUCGACAUUUACUGAACAUCCUGGGGUGAAUGUGCGUUCAACAUCCAAGUUAGUGGUCUUUGUAUAGCUCACGAAAGUGAUCAUCGCAGUAUUUUGUAAUCUCACAUGGGUACAGCAAGCUGCAUGUGGCAAUCGGCUGGAAUUCCGAGGGUACUUAUGAGGAACUACUGCUACAUUUUGGAUGUUUUUUUUUCUGGCUUUUAGUUGUAGAUAGCAUCCACCAGAGAUGGUGGUAACUUGUUUUUCAUUGUCGACUUGCACAUAAUGGUGUAAAGUCACCUUUGAACAGAGAAAUUUUAAUUACUUCUUAGAAUGUUGACUUUUAAUGGACAAACCUACACUUGUAAUUAAAGUAUGGAAUAAAUCGGAUAGAUGCUUUUGGAGGAAGGAGGAACA